CAAAACACACGUGAGGUUGUAAACAAACGAGUGGACGAGGGCGGCCAUUGUCGGAGCUCAAUGAUAUGAAGGCCCGUUACUUUCCCUUGGCAGUGUUUGCCAAUGUCCUGUGUUUGUGUCUAAGCUACACCCUCAGGAGCUCGGUGUCUUGGGUCGUCUCCUCCAACGAUGUGGUGGAGGACGCGGACCUGUCGGAUGAGGUCGCCCCGGCUUUGCUGGUGGACAGUGCGGGGCUGUGGAAGCAGGCGUAUCCGUCCUCAAACGUCCUCGGAGACAGCGUGGAGAGCCCGGGAGAGCUAGUCAAGCCGGACAACGAGAAUGUGGCGCAGAUCUCCUCUCGCCUGUUUUCAUAUCGACUGGAGAAGGUGAAGAAGUCCGGCAGCAGCAGUCCUCCUCCGCACCAAGAGACCGCCAGGACUGCUAGAUACAUAGCUCAUUACAGUGACUGGGGACAUCUGUCCACCAUUUCAACUCAAGACAAGAUCAAAGGUCUCCCCUUUGGGAACAUCUUCUCAGUCAGUGAUGGACCGUUGGACAACAGCACUGGAGUCAUCUAUUUUUAUGUGACUCCAAUGGACAACACCGUAUCAGACCUGAAAAGUAACCCCUACGCUUCUCUCACAUUCUCAGAGGCUGAGGGAGAAUUCUGCAGGCAAAUGGUGUAUGAUCCAGAAGAUCCAAGAUGUGCUCGACUCACACUCACAGGCAAGAUGGUGGAGGUAGCCCCAGAGGAGCUCAUUUUUGCAAAGGAGGCAAUGUUUUCAAGACAUCCUGUGAUGGCAAAGUGGCCAGUGGGACACAAGUGGUUCUUCAUGAAGUUGGAGUUGAUCCAGGUCUGGCUGCAGGACUGGAUCGGAGGCAUAUCACUCAUUCCACUGGAGGACUACUUUAAAGCUACGCCUUUCUGAGAACAUCCUUUUUUCUGCAUCAUGUCAGCCUGUACAGAUCAGUUCAGCUGUCUACACUACAGACGUCACUCUGAUAAGGGGCAAGAAUGUCCGAAGCAGCAAUGUGCAAAGAAUAUUUUUACAUUUUCAAAGUUCUGUUGCUAUUUUAAUUUGUGAAAGGGAUUAUUCUUCACUUUCUCUUUUGCCCUGCAACUUUGCUUGUUGCACAAAAUCAGUUCCUCCGUUUUCUGUGUUUGGUGUGUGAAUGUAUUUAAAGCCAAUAGGCUAAAUUGAAUGGUCACAGUCAUCACAUCUGGCAUAGAAAAUUGUCAUUUAAUGUAUUCUUUAUAAACAUUUACUAUUUUAUGAGUUUGCAUUAAAACGUGUGCUGUUUGAAAAAUGAAUGAAUGUUAGCACACACAAUUAUCGUGCAUACUUUUUAAAGAAAAUAUAAAUUUGUUGUGUUCAAUUAGCAUUUAAACCUUCAAAGGGAAAUGUUAUAUCAACACUUCUGAGCUCUGGUUUUUCAUCUUGAGACAAAAAUGGCGAUUAGGAGUCUAAGUUAAUUAUGAUUAUUUGUUUAAUCUAGUACCUGAAAAUAAUAUUAUAUAAAUAUAUUAACUAUAACAAAAUCAUAAUAUACCUAAAGUGAGAUUGUUUUGUGAACUGCUGUUUCCAAGGUUAAAAAUUAACUAAUCCUAAAUUAGCAAUAUGUGUUGAUACUGUGUACAUACAAAUGAAGCAUCAUAGCCUAUCAA